UGUGUGAUGGGUGGGCCUCCGCACCAGAAACGUAGCCCGUUAAUUCUUGGUGACUGAAAAGGCCCGAUCUGCAAAACCCUAGCAAGACAACCAUCGUAGCUGGGGUAGGGUUUUUCCCUCUGCUCAUUCUAUCGUCUUCGAGAGUGUGAGAGGGAGGGCGAAGAUGUGGAGAUGGAUUGGGAGAAGAGCUCGCUUGGGAAUUGGCUCGGCAGCAUCGAAAUUGCAGCCGAUCCAAAACUCUCAUCCUCCUAUGAAUCUGGAUCCGGCUCAGGUACAGCGCUGUCGAACCCUCCAGUUUUCAAAUUUAUCUAAUUUCCUCGUUUCUUCUAAGGAAAAGAGAGUCGUCCUCUUUCUCCAAAGCCCUAAAUUUUUCUCGCACGAUUCGCGUGAUGCUGGUGGUUUUGUUGAGUCGCAAUUUGACUCGACAGAUUCCGGAACCAAUCAAGGCCUGGCUGUUGCUUCCGCUGAUGAUGAUGUCGUCGAGGACGGAAACCGGAUUCCUGUUAAAUCUGAAUCGGAUAAUGGAGCUUAUUUGUCGUUGGAUUUCGAUGAAACUAGCCUAGCGACGGAGGGUUUUACCUCCGCUGGGGCUGAUGAUGACAGUUUAGCUGGAGAAGAUGAUCAGGAAAAAGAAAUUGAGGUACGUGAGAUUGAUGUUGAGCAGUUAGAGAGUUUGUUGUCUCUGCUUCAGAGCAGAAGUGGUAAUGUAGAUGAUUGGUCUUUGGAGUCGAGCCUUGAUGAAAUGGACUUGAGUUUACAUGAAGAGUUUGUGGUGAGGGUGCUUGAAACCCCUCUCAUUCCCGGUGACAAUUUGAUUUCGUUUUUCAAAUGGACUUUAAAGAAGCCAGAAUUCUCUGCAACUACAUGGAGCUUGGAAGUUAUUGUCCAGGCAAUUUCUGUUGGUCUUACGAGCAAAUGUGCCUAUACUUUGUGGGAUUUGAUCAAGGAGAUUGGGGAGAUGGAAAAAGGUGUUUUGACCACGGAAAUUCUAAAUGAGCUGAUAUCUCUAUUCUCAAAAUUGGCUAAAGGAAAGGCUGCAUUUGAAGUAUUUAACAAGUUUGAGGAGUUUGGCUGUGUCCCCAACGCUGAAACAUAUUAUUUCACAAUAGAAGCCCUUUCCAGGCGUGGAAUAUAUGAAUGGGCUUGUUCUGUUUCUGAGAAAAUGCUCGAUGCUGGACAGUUGCCUGACAGUGACAAAGUUGGGAAGAUUAUAUCUUAUCUAUGCAAAGGUGGUAAGGCCAAAGAUGCUCAUUUGAUCUACUUAUUUGCCAAAGAAAAGGAUAUAUACCCAUCUAAAGCUUCUGUCAACGUUUUGAUCAGCUCAUUAUGUCGGGGGAAUGAGACUAUUCACUCAGCUCUGGAGAUGCUAGAAGACUUCUCGAGUGAGGAUAGAAAAUAUGCAAUCAAGCCAUUUUCAUACGUCAUUCAUGGAUUAUGUAGUAUCAAAGAUGUUGAAGGAGCGAAAAGGUUGCUGUUUAAGAUGAUUGAUGCUGGGCCACCUCCUGGAAAUGCUAUUUUCAACUCUAUUAUCAACAGUCUAUCCAAGGUUGGAGAUAUGGAAGAGGCAAAGAAAAUAAUGAAUUUGAUGGAAGGCAGGGGUCUGAAACCUGAUGUGUACACUUACAGUGUUAUUAUAAGCAGUUAUGUUAAGGGUGGGGAGAUGGGGGAUGCUUGUAAAGUUUUGGCUGAAGCAAAAAAACAGCACUCAAAGUUGAAUCCUGUGACUUAUCAUUCUCUCAUUCGUGGGUUUUGCAAGCUGGAACAAUUUGACCAGGCCAUUAAGUUACUGAGAGAAAUGAAAAAAUAUGGGGUUCAGCCCAAUGCCGAUGAGUACAAUAAGAUGAUCCAAUCUCUUUGCCUGAAGGCUUUAGAUUGGGGAACAGCAGAAAAGCUGCUGGAGGAGAUGAAAGAAAAUGGAUUGCAUCUCAAUGGGAUCACAAAGGCUCUUAUAACAGCAGUUAAGGAGAUAGAAGAAGAGGAAGUGGGGAGUAGAGAAGUAGCUAUUGGAGCAUAACAUAUCAUCAGCUUAGUGAAGUGAAUGUAAAGUGAAAUAACCAAGUUCUAUGUCCUCGAACCCUCUUCUUCCUUUGGCUCAUCUUCUUUUUUUUUUUUUUAUUAUUUUUAUUUCAAUCAGCUUUUAUUCACGAAAUGGGUAAAAGAGGGUGCUUUGCAAGGUAUCUCUUUUCAAUCA